GCCCUGGCGGCUCGGCAGCGGUCGCCGGAAGCGGCGGGCGGCAGCGUGGGGCCGGCGCUGAGGCGGGUUGGGGCUGCCGGAGCGGGCAGCGGUGCAGCUCCAGCCCCUUCCUUCCUUCCUUCCGUCCUUGCUCGCUUCCCUCCCUCCGGAGGAGCCCUUUGCUGGGCUGCAGCGGCGGUACCGAUGAGCGGGCUCCGAGCGCCCGGCGGGCGGGCGACCGCCCCGGUGCCGACCUGCCUGCUUCUGCUGGGGCUGCUCCUGCCCGCCGCCGUCGCUGCCGGGGGAUGCGAGCUGGAGGCUGCGGACGCGAGCGGCGGCCGGCGGGGAGGACGGGGAGGCGUUGCCGCCUCCGCCGCAGAGGCGGCGGCGGUUGUGACAGAUCCCUGCAGUUCACUCAGCCCACCAUGCUUUACUGAGGAGGACCGAUUCAGCCUAGAAGCUCUCCGCAUGAUCCAUAAGCAAAUGGAUGAUGACAAAGAUGGUGGUAUUGAAGUAGAUGAAAGUGAUGAGUUUCUAAGGGAAGAUAUGCAAUACAAGGAUGCCUCUAAUAAACAUAGUCACCUGCACAGAGAAGACAAGCAUAUCACCAUUGAGGAUCUGUGGAAACGCUGGAAAACGUCUGAAGUUCAUAACUGGACUCAAGAGGACACUCUUCAGUGGCUGUCAGAAUUUGUUGAACUGCCCCAAUACGAGAAGAAUUUUAGAGACAGCAAUGUCAAUGGAACAACACUUCCCAGGAUAGCAGUAAAUGAGCAUGCUUUCAUGAUCUCUCACUUGAAAAUAAUUGACCGGAGCCAUAGACAGAAGCUUCAGCUUAAAGCCUUGGACGUUGUUUUAUUUGGACCUCUUACACGUCCCCCUCACAACUGGAUGAAGGAUUUUAUAUUAACGGUUUCUAUAGUUAUUGGUUUUGGAGGCUGCUGGUUUGCAUAUACACAGAACAGAACCUCAAGAGAACAUAUCACAAAAAUGAUGAAGGACUUAGAAAGUCUCCAAACAGCAGAGCAAAGUCUUCUUGACUUGCAGGAAAGGCUUGAGAAGGCACAAGAAGAGAAUAGAAAUGUUGCUGUGGAAAAGCAAAAUCUGGAGCGCAAAAUGAUGGAUGAGAUCAACGAUGCAAAACGGGAAGCUCAUCGCCUAAGGGAGUUGAGGGAGGGGGCUGAAUGUGAGCUCAGCAGGCUCAAAUAUGCAGAGGAAGAGCUAGUACAGGUUCGCAUGGCUUUAAAAAAGGCUGAGAAGGAGUUUGAACUGAGAAGUAACUGGUCUGUUCCUGAAGCUUUGCAGAAGUGGCUUCAGUUAACACAUGAAGUUGAAGUACAAUAUUACAAUAUCAAAAGACAGCACGCAGAAAUGCAAUUAGCGAUUGCCAAAGAUGAGGCAGAGAAGAUAAAAAAGAAGAGAAGCACUGUAUUUGGAACAUUACAUGUUGCACACAGCUCCUCCCUGGAUGAAGUGGACCAUAAAAUCCUUGAAGCAAAGAAAGCACUCUCUGAGUUGACGACAUGUUUGCGGGAGCGUCUUUAUCGAUGGCAACAGAUUGAGAAGAUUUGUGGUUUUCAAAUAGCACACAAUUCUGGGCUCCCAAGCUUGACCUCCUCUCUCUACUCUGAUCACAGCUGGGUAGUUAUGCCUCGAGUUUCCAUUCCUCCUUACCCAAUUGCAGGGGGAGUUGAUGACUUAGAUGAAGAUACUCCUCCAAUAGUUUCACAGUUUCAUGGGUCCAUUGUAAAACCUCCCAGCACACUGGCAAGAAGCAGUAGCUUGUGUCGAUCAAGGCGCAGUGUUGUGCCAUCAUCUCCACAGUCUCAGCAUGCUUUGCACUCCCCCGACCCUGACAUCCUUUCUGUGUCGAGCUGCCCAGCUCUUUAUCGAACUGAAGAGGAGGAGGAAGCCAUUUACUUCUCUGCUGAUAAACAAUGGGAAGUACAGGAAACAGGUUCGGAAUGUGACUCCUUAAACUCAUCUACUGGAAGGAAGCAAUCUCCGCCAGCAAGUCUUGAGAUGUACCAGACACUUUCUCCUCAGAAGGUAUCCCCGGAAGAAUUCUCACUGGAGGAAUCAUCUACAGGAGACUCCUCUUCUCUAACUGCAGAUAUCUCUAGGGGCUCUCCUGACUGUGUAGGCAUGGCAGAAACUAAGAGCAUGAUUUUUAGUCCUGCAAGCAAAGUUUAUAACGGAAUCCUGGAGAAGUCCUGCAGCAUGAACCAGCUUUCAACUGGGAUCCCAGUCCCAAAGCCUCGGCACACCUCGUGUUCUUCAGCCAGCAGUGAUAGUAAACCCAGCCAUGAAGCUGCUUCUGUCCCUAGGAUAAGUAGCAUCCCACAGGACCUGUACCAAAAUGGUGAAAAAAACAAAAAGCCAUCAAAAAUUAAAAGCCUCUUUAAGAAGAAGUGUAAGUGAGGUGGGCAGAAGAAAUCUAUAGUAAUGUUAUAAGAACUCUAUUUUUUAAAUCUGUAGGAAUGUAAUUCCAUUUGAGCAUUCCAGACUGGAUGCCCUAAUGGAAUGCUCUGUAGGUCAACUAUAUUUAACUGACUGUACUGUCAAAGGUCAUGCCAGCUGUCAAUGAGAAAUCAUUAAAAAGUUCAGACAGUUUACAUACAUUUCUGCCUAUUUAUUUCUCUUUUUUUUUAGUUUGCCUUUUUUAGUGUUUUUGGUUUUUUAAACUUCUGUUGGUUUUGGGGUUGGUUUUUUUUUUCCCAGUUUACUCAUAAACCAUUUUUUAAAGCCACUUUGGACUUCUAAGCUUUAAUGGACUAGUAAGCCUUCCUGGGCUUGCCAAAGUUUCUUGUUUACUGGAGCAUCUUCCUAUCUUUCCAUAGAGCUAGGACAUUCAUCUACUGGACUUUCAGAGAAAAAAAAAAGUAGAACUAAUUGAAUUGCACUACUGUUUUACAGACUGGAAAAGUCUCUCUGCAAGUGAAACUGAAAGACUUGUAUUUGAGAAGAAGAAUCUUUUCACUUUUUGAUCUUUUGGGAUUUUUAAGUAGAACUUAAGAUUUCUAAUUGACUUGAUUUCUGGAAAUGGAAAUGCCAUGCUUUUAUUAUGGGAAGCUUUGUUAGAUGCAUUUAUUAUUAGAAUGGUUCGAGUCCUGCUGUAAAGAUCAUGUUUUUCCCAGGACUUCCACUGUGAUUUUACUUCACUGCAGGCUGUAUGACAAAAAAAAAAUAAAACCCACACCCCUAAUUUAACAAGAGGAGAGCUCUUGAUUCCUUAUGCAAGUGAUGGAUAUGAAACUUGACUGAGGACUGAAAAUAUUCACCCUCUUAAAAUGAGGAGGGGGAUAGUAGCUUUUGUUUACAGACUGACAAUGGACAUUUGGUUUGUGAAAGUUUGUACUAUGGUAAAGAUAAAAAAUUGGAAACAUUAUUGUGCUUGGAAUGUUCCAAUUUUAGCUCAUGCUUGUUUCAGAGGUCCUGUUAAUUGAAAGCUGUUGUAGGCUACAUUGCUUAUGCUUACUGCUGUGUAUAAGUUAUUAUAUUUUUUGGAUUAGCUAUUAAUGUCUUAAUGUCCUCCUUUUGUAAGAUUUCAUACACUUUAUUUUUGUAUAGUUUGAAGAUUUAGCUGUUCAGACAUGUCUGAAGUAAAUGGUAUAAUUUUAUAAUGCAUACUGUUAUACUAACUCCUAAUUUUAGAUAUAAAGAUAGAUACAAAGGUGAGACUCGACAUGCUUCAGAUAAAAGCAAUUUUUAUGUUAGGCUUUUAUAGGGAGAGAUUAAAUUACUACAAGGUAACAAGGAAGUCUUCGUAGGGCAACAGUAGCUAGUUGUUCAAAACCAUCUUUUUAGGUUUUUUUGAAGAGUCAACAAAUGUACUGCAUCAGCAACAGUGCCUUUUAUUCAGUUAGUCUGAAAAUAUUAAUACUGAGCAGGAAUUUCUUUUGAGGUCCAUUCCAAAGAAAUACUACUUGCUCUAGUGAACACAAGCAACUUACCCAGUGAUGACUAAAUAGUUUCAGCUCUUCCAUUGGGGUAUUCUAGUUGCCUCAGUAACAGGCGCCACUACCAGGGACCUGUGGUUAGGGGCUCACUUCUUGCCAAUAUGUCCGUGCUGUACUGUAUGAAAGAAUUAAUUCACUGACUGCCUAAAUUUUUUUUCUAGUAAGGAGCCUUCAAAACCUGUAGCUAAUUGAAAUCAAGUGAUACAUGUCUUUUCUAUCAUUUUCUAUUUAGAUUCCACUAUAUGUAACCAAUGUUAGUUCUGUCCUCGAAGUGGUGGUGAUGUUAACAGAAGCGUUUACUGUGGCUAGAGAAAUGGUUAGAAGAGGAGGGUUAGAAAAUUGGAUGGAGACCUUACAUGUGCAAGUACCUUAGAAGUCCUGGUACCUUGAUCAAGUCCUUAAGAGAACAGAAGGAAUCCAGAGUUCCACUGCCUAACAAAGAAUGAUUAUAUGUCAUCUCUACAGAAAAAGCAUAGGAUGAAUCAACUGGUAAAGUCUGGAGAAGAGAAAAAUUGGUGGAAUAGAAAAUAAGAACAACAUGCUAUUGUUCCAUUACUCUUGGAAUCAUCAGAUUAAACAUCUGUAGCUGCAAAAAUGUCAUCACUAGGUAACAGUGGUCUCUUUGAACAAAGAUUGUACACUCUGUACAUGGCAGACAAAAAAAAGCAGCAAUGCAAAAGGCUUUGUGCCAAAAAACCACCUCACUGCUGAGCCUUCAGAGUUGAAGUCGAAAGCUUGAUGAGGUACUUGAAUGUGUACAAAGCGCAAAAAUACAUAAUAGUAGGGAACUUACUUUGCCUCCCAGACAGCAUGGAGAAGACUGCUACCAGAAAAAUGUUCAAUUUUGAUGUUUGCACUUGAGAAGGCUGUAGCAAUAAUUGAGCUUCAAGUAAGAUCUGGGGCUGGAUAGUAGAUCUUGCAGUGUGAGGUUUGAGGAUCUCUGUCACUACCAAAGAUGAUGAAGUGGCAUUUUGAUACUGGAGAGUAAAUAUUUACACAGGGGAAAAAAAAUCUGGUGCUCAGGAGUGGGAGGACAGCCCUUCUCCAUGCUGACGUUGAAGUCAGACAAGCUCAAAUACUGAGAAGCCAGAACAGACAAAUUCAAAUUUUUUGUAGUAAGUACAACUACAAAUUGAAAUAGAGGUGGUGCUGGACUGUUCACUGGCUGUGAGUUUGUGUGUUAAGUAUCUUUUUAAAAUGCACAAUUUAACUGUCUUCUGGAAAAAAAUAAGUUAUGGUGUUGUACAAACAAAUCGGGUGAAAUCAUGAUAGCGUUAGAUUUUGGCUUCAAAAUGGCAAACCUUUGGAGCACAGGCUGCUCUCAACACUCGGUUUAUCACCACCUGUCCUGUAACUUUAUAGCUGCUACUUAAUAAAUAUUAUAGAACUAAAAGCUUAAGUUAAUAUGAUCAGAAGUGGUGAGUAUUGUAUGUUGGAGCCCAAACUGUAAUUUCAUGAACUGUAAUUUCUAUGAACUAUAAGUUCAUAGAGUUGGGUUUUUAAAAAUUAUUUUAGUAGAGCCCUUGCACAUCCUGCCACCAUCUUAGAUUGUCCGCAGUCUAAGUGACUUUCAUUGCUCCUAUUAUAGCUACUGCGGAAACUGUUGGCAUCCUAUUGCUAAGGUGUGUUGAGCACUGACUCUAAGGUAAAUCCUCAUUGGCAAACAUCAAAUCCAGUCUUAAUGUUGUAGUACCUGACAUAUGUCAACAUCUCAGAAGUGAGACAGAGUGUUUUAAAAUGUCUUCUGUUUUUCCUAUGGUGUAACUUGAGCUGGCUGGCAGUCAGUGAGUCCAGCCAGGAUUUCUUUAAGACAUGUCAUUCAUUUGAGACAAUCAUUUUGUGUCAUCAUCCUUAAAUGGCUGAGGAGCUUCCUAAACUCUAAACUCAGAAUGCUUGUGAUCAUAUUUUUUUAACAUUUAUAGCUAAAAUCCAUAUUCUAUUUUAAAUUCUCCACUAUUUCUCAGAAGGUAAGAAUCUUUGCUUAAAUAUUUUGUUAGAUGCCUUUGUCAGGACAGCAGCCCCUUUGUGGAAACUGUCUAAAAGGCUUCUCACUGAAGAGAUUACCAUUUAAGACUUUCACGUGUAAAAGGAAGAAGUGUCAGGUGUGUGGCUCUAUAGAGAGAAAAAGAAAAAAACCCUUCAAUUCUUCCAAACGGAACAAACCCAAACCGUUCCACAAUUCUUACUAAAGCUAUGUGACAGUUCUUCCCUAACAGUGUAAAAAAUUUAGGAAAGGUAUUUCUGGUUGCCGUGGGGAAUGCUUUUGACCAGUUUAUGAUGGACUUUGAGAUUAAAGCAGUUGACUUUUUUCCCCCUGCUCAGUGAUGGAAUUUAAAAUUGCUCACUGGCAGUUCCAGGCAUGUGUCAACUCUUCUUUCCCCACUUCACUGGUACCUAGGUAGCAGAUUAUCCUGCACUUUCUGAUGGACAGUUUGCUGAAGAAGGGAAGAUCAUCCAUGAUAGUUACGGGAAUAACGUUAUAGUAAGAAUACAGUUCCUCAUUUGGAAGCCUUGAAGAUGGUAAAGCCAGGGAUACUUGACUUCAGUUUUCUUAUGAUAUUUUUGGAUGCUGGCUAGAGUUAGGUAUUAACUUAAGUCUGACUGAAAGCCUAAAAAGAUAAAAUGAAUUAGAAAUUGAAGCUUUCAAGAUUUUGCCCUUUUGCUUUCCAGUGUAUGGGAAAACAGCAUGCACAGGAAAGAUGAGCUCUAACUAGCAUUUCACCACCAGCUUUUAGUGCUUUAAGAUAGUUUCAUUCCAUUUCCAAGAUACAUUACUGGAGAGGGAUUACUACCUUAAUUUUAUAAUGUAUGCAAAGAAGCAUUUAUUUUUCAUUUACUUACAAGCAGUGGAGAAGAAUGUAAAUAAACUGAAUGCUUAACUUAAAUUUUUUUUUAAAGCCAAAUAGAGGAAUUACUGGUUCUCGGGCCUCCUUACUAUUUGCUUAUCUCCUUGUACAAACACAGUUUUCUAAUCUGUUCCAGUUGCACUGACUGCAGUGAUGCAUUACUAUCUCAUGUUUGAAACGUUGCUUGCUCUGAAUUGCGGUAGGCAUUUUAAUCCUGGAUGUUGCAUCUUCACUGAAUAAUCGUUGAACCUACUAAGGCUGUUUGAUUCUAAGUGCUGGUAAACUUUUCUCCUAGUGACUUAAACACAGAUGUUGGUAUAACCAGUAGCCAAAAAAGGCUUUUGCCAUUAGAGUUUGACUGCCCGACAACAUGUAAAUGUUUAGGUAACCAUUCUCUGAGGCUUCAGUAGCAGUUCAACCAUGUCAUAUACGUUUUCAACAGAUAGCUUUCCCUUGCAGCCCUGUAGAGAUGGUGCUGAUCUGAAACUCCGCUUAGUCCUCUCUUGCAUAAACAGAAUGCACUGAUUCAUAUAAAUGGUAACAAUAUUACCUUUAAACCAUUAUUCCUGGUUGCUCUUGCAUCUGACAUUACUUAAGCAAGAUGGCAGUACUUAUCAGUCCACUUCAGUCUUUCAGAAAUAAAAGGGAUUUAUGUUACCUUUUUUCUGUACAACUGUGACUCUCAAGUUUACCAAAUUGUGUGUGUUCUGUGUGUUUAAUGGUUCACUGAAAUGAAAGUGGGAAGGUUGGUCUCUGAUUAGGUGUUAAGGAAAGCACAUUUGAGCAAGGUAAAAAGAAAUUCCUCUUGCUCAUUGCAGAGGAUGAAAAAGAGUUCAGAGGUAUUUAGUCUGCUCCUAAGUCAGAAGACUAAGGAAUGCUGAUGACUUACAUUGCUGGAGAUGAGAGGUACAUUCAAUCUCAAAGUUUUCAGAUCAGUAAGUCUUUAUCCAAGAAAAACCUUUCUUCAUUAGAUGUACUCUGCAGGGCAUUACUUACGUAUUUCUAUCCUAUUUUUGACCCAGCAUUAAAAUUGGUGGUUACAGCACUAACUUAGGUGAUUGCCAGACCUCAGAGCAGUUUCAGAUAAUGAUUUCAAUAUCAUGUCUUAAAGUCAAUUUUGGUUUAAUAUGUGCUAAAGACAUCUGAAUUAAGAUUCUCCUUUACAUUCCUUUUAUUUUAAUUCACCUUGGUUCUUUCUGAUCCCUCUACUCUUUAAAAAAAAAACAGGUACUGAUAGUUGAUUCAUGUUCAUGUUUAGAAUACAGUAUUCUUUUUCAACUGAGAAUUACUAAUAGAUAAGUAGAAGAUAGUUGCUUUUAAAAGGCUAGAUCAUGGUUGGAUAUUGUUGUCAAAAUACUGCUGUAUUUCAGUUGAACCAGGUACAGCAUUGACUGGUGCAAUUUGUGUAUGAGUGGUAAAGUUAUGCUUCCUAAAUUUUCUUUUGUUUGUUUUUUAUUUGUAUCUUAACUUGAUGCUGCACAAUUAUUUUCAGACUUGAAUUCAUUUAAAAUUAAGGUCAGUGUGUCCAGCCCUACAAAAGUCAGUCUUCAGUUGUCAGCCAUCAGUCCAUUCUUACUGAAAUUAAUAAAAACCUUGAAUAUUUGUACUAGCUUAUUAGCUUGGUAGGUGGUAGAGUGGGUUCCUCGAAGUCUUCAGGUGGAAGGCAGACAACUUCUGAAGUGACCCAGGUACCCUGUGUCCUUUAUCAGCUUUCAAAUCCAUCUCCCAAUAAGACCGAGUCUCCCCAGAGGAAUGUAGAUGUACUUACUGCUUGGAAUUUUGUAGUUAAUUAUAUUUGGCUAUCUAAUUCUAAUAACUUGCAUGUGUACUAUGCUUGCUUGCUUUUCAAUAGCUGACAAAAGCUCUAGGAGAUCUUGGGGGUUUGUUUAAAGAAACGGCUGUUUAAAAAAAACAAAAGAGACUGGCAAGAGAAAUCUGUCAGGCUGUGAACUGACUAGAACCAACAAAGAUCCCAGCUUUUUGUCUAAAAGAAUUGUUUUAAUAGUUCUUAAUGAAGUGAGUUGGGUAGCAUGUGUAUUUUCACAUUGCUCUCCUCCAAGCAACAAAAACAGUAAAAAUACCUACAUUUCAGCAAGGCUAUCUGGGAGAUGUCUUACCCUGUUUUUAUUUUUAAUUUAAAUAACAUUGAGCUGUAGUGAGUGUUCAGCAUAUUAAUGUCUGACUUAAAAGAUUAGCGGAAUUUGAAUGACUUGCAUUAUUUUGUUUAAUUACAGCUUUAUAAAAAUGUAGAUAUUUGCAUAAAGCCUGUCAUUGGAUCUAGGUAUGUAGGUAUGUUUCAAUGACAGAGCAAGAAGAGGACCAAGAUAAGUAAAUAUGUGCACAGUUAGUAAUCUUACUUAAGAUGCUUAAGAUGUUCUGGGAAGAGAUGUUGUUCUCCAUGCAGAUUCUGCUCUUCCUCUAUUUGCUCUUGGCUUCUGUUUGUUUUCAUUAGUUGAACUAAAAUAAGAAACAAAGUCCUCAGACUGACUAGCUUCUGUCUCUCUAAUAUAUACACACUGUACUUGCUUUUAACCUCAUCUACUGCAUGUUGUUAAAGCUGUACACAAAUGCAGUUGGAGUAUUUCUUUGGUGUUGUACAGCAUGAUGCAUUUCAUUCCUCUUUCUAGUUUACCUCCCAUUAGCUAUAUAUUGCUUUACAACUGGAAAAAAUGGGGUUUUGGGAAAUGAGUCUGUUUGCGUAUAAACUUCUCCCCCCCCCCUCCCCGCCCCCAUGAGUCUUAUGAGAAAUGUCCUGCUUGGAGAGUCUCAGACAGUAUUUUCCUGUGUUUAUUCAUGUUACUUUGCUUUAUUUUAUAAGUGGAUAUUGAUUUCUGAUGUGUUGUUACACUUAAUGUUGAAUAAAUCUGACUUCCAUUUUGAAAAGUGAACCUGUGUUAGUGAAAAUGUUAUGUAAUGUUAAUUCAUCUUAGACUGUUCCCAGAGUGUAUAAACUUUGAUUAUAUGUUUAUUUAUUUAAAAACUGGAGAUAAAUUUUCUUUGUUCUGCUUAGGA